AUGUCCUGGUGCAAGACCAGCAACUGCUUGACCAUCAGAAGCUCCGCGCUGGCCGCGGUGCUCAGAGCCCGUGCCCUGUUGGGGCCCCAGGACGCUAUGAGCGUGCCCAUCAUCUGCGACUUCGGCUCCGGCUCCAGCAAGGUGGGCUUCGCGGGGGCAAAGGUGCCCCUGGCCGUCUUCCCCACUGUCCUCGGCAAGUUCCGGCACCUUGAAGACGACCUGAUGGUGGGGCUGGACAAGAAAGUCUGGUUCAUCGGCGACGAGGUUCAGGAGCAACGAAAGAAACUCAACCUGGUGUACCCCCUCUCGCGGGCCACAGUCACCAACUGGGACCACAUGGAGAAGAUCUGGCACCACACCUUCUACCAGGUGCUCCGCGCCGCCCCGGAGCAGCACCCCUUGCUGCUCACAGAGCCGCCCUCGAACCCCAAGGACAGCAAAGAGAGGACGGCCCAGAUCAUGUUCGAGACCUUCAACGUGCCCGCCCUGUACCUGGUCAACCAAGGGGUCCUGUCUCUCUUCUCCUCCGGCCUGACCUCCGGAACAAUCAUUGAAUCUGGAGACGGGAUGACACACUUUGUGCCCAUCAUUGAGGGCUAUCCGCUGCGCCAGUCGACCAUGCAGAUGGAGGUGGCAGGCCAGGACAUAACCCUGUACCUCAUGCAGCUGCUGUCCCAGAAGGGGACCUCUCUGGUGGGCACAGGCGACCGGGAGUACAUCCGGGACCUGAAAGAGAAGUGCUGCUACGUGGCUUUGAACUUCGACAAGGAGAAGGCGGCAGCCCCCUUGCUGACCCGGGCAUGGACGCACCAGCUGCCGGACGGCCGGGAGAUCGACCUCGGGCAGGAGAUGUUCCUCUGUAUGGAGGUGCUUUUCCAGCCGGACCUCAUAGGGAGGAACAGCCUGGGCGCCCACAUGCUCGCCUUCCACAGCGUCAGCUCCUGCAGCGCCAACCAGCAGAGAGCCCUCUUCGGGAGCGUGCUGCUGUCCGGAGGCACCGGCUCCUCCCCCAGCCUGCGGGCCCGCAUGCAGAGGGAGCUGUCCGCCCUGGUGUCCCCGAGGACUAAGGUGAAGGUGUCCACCUGCCCCUGCUCUGUGUACAGCGCCUGGAUGGGCGGCUCCGUGCUGUGCUCACUCUCUACCUUCAAGGACAUGUGGGUCAGCAGUGACGACUACAAAGAAGAGGGCCCCUCUGCCGUCAGUAGGAAGUCCUUCUGA